CUCCCGUGCAGGCUCAUCGGGAAUGCAGCAGGCUCGCAGCCCCCAGAGGCAAGCAAAGGCGGUAGGAAGGUGGUUCAUGCUGCAGAUCACGCUGCCUCUGACAGACCUGCGGGGCUGUGUUUCUUAAACGACUGAAUUGCAGCCCUCCCUUCUUCUGCUUCCCUUACCCCUAAUCCGGGUAACUAAGGCAGCAGACUCGGUCCGGAUGGAUUUCAUUGCCGGGGCCAUUGGAGGUGGUCUAAGCACAGCAGUGGGGUAUCCGCUGGAUACAGUGAAGGUGAGGAUUCAGACCGAAAGGCGUUACAGAGGAAUCUGGCACUGCAUUCAAGAAACCUACAGGACAGAAAAGGUCUGGGGCUUUUACAAAGGCAUAUCUGCCUCCGUCUUCUCGGUGUCACUGAUUUCCUCUGUUUCGUUUGGCACCUACAGAAACUUCCUCCGCAGCAUCUGCAAAUGGCGAUAUGGCACUGCUGAUGCAAAGCCCUCCAAGCUGGAUAUUGUCCUUGCUGGAAGUGCUACGGGUGCUGUCCGGGUUAUGCUGAUGACACCCAGCGAGGUAGCUAAAGUUCGAAUGCAAACGCAGAAGCCACCACAUCCGACUGCAGCAUCUCCCCAUCCUGCCUCCAAGCCCAAGUACCAAGGAUCUCUGCACUGCCUGAGGGUGAUAGCGAAGGAGGAAGGUUUCGGGGGUCUCUACAAAGGCUGCUCUGCAUUACUCUGCAGGGACUGCUCCUCCUCUGCGAUAUAUUUCCUUACCUAUUCUGUUCUGUGCAACUGGCUUACACCAGAGGGGAAGAAUAAACCAGGUUUCCUCGUUGUGCUGCUUUCUGGUGGCUUUGCUGGGGUCCUGGCCUGGGGAUUAGCUACUCCUAUGGAUGUCCUCAAAUCCCGGCUGCAGACGGACGAGUCGGGACCGCACAAGUACAAAGGCCUCAUCCACUGUGCCCGGGAAAGCGUGAGGCAGGAGGGAGUCAAAGUGCUUUUCAAAGGACUGGGUUUAAACUGCAUGCGGGCCUUUCCUGUCAACAUGGUUGUAUUUGUAACCUAUGAGGCUGUGCUGAGGUUUACGAAUCAUCUCACAGAUGAAAAAUAGCUUAUGUCACUCUGUUCAGAGGUGUAUUUUUUAAUUCAU